AUGACUUGUGAUGCCAUUGAAGGAGUCAGAAACCAGGAGACUAAACAUGUCGAAAUCGAGCCUAAUGGUGCAUGCGAAACGAAAAUGGUGAGGCCACGAUUGCUUGUUGUGUCGAUGUCGCUUCCGGUUACCGCAAAGAGGACUGGCGAAGAUUCAUGGUCUUUCACCAUGAGUCCUGGUGGUUUAGUUAGUGCUCUUCUUGGUUUGAAAGAGUUUGAGACCAAAUGGAUUGGAUGGCCUGGAGUCGAUGUUCAUGAUGCGGUCGGGAAAAAAGCACUCUCUAGUGCUCUAGCUAAGAAGGGUUGUAUCCCUGUAUUUCUGGAAGAAGUUUGUGAUCAAUACUAUAAUGGCUACUGCAACAAUAUUCUGUGGCCGAUUUUUCACUACUUAGGAACCCCACCAGAAUACCGUAACGAUGCAACCAUAACAUACCAGUCACAGUAUGAUGCAUACAAGAAAGCAAAUCGUAUUUUCUUUGAUGUCGUUAAAGAGCACUAUGAAGAAGGAGAUGUGGUUUGGUGCCAUGAUUAUCAUGUUAUGCUUCUUCCUCAAUAUCUAAAGGAAUAUAACAGUAAGAUGAAAGUUGGAUGGUUUCUCCAUACACCAUUUCCUUCUUCCGAGAUGUACAAAACGUUGCCCUCGCGAUCCGACCUACUUCGUUCUGUUCUUACUGCUGAUUUAGUCGGUUUCCAUACCUAUGAUUUUGCAAGACAUUUCGUGAAUGCAUGCAUGUGUAUUCUUGGAGUCGAAGCAACGUCUGAAGGAGUUGUGGAUCAGGGCAAAGUCACUCGAGUAGCUGUUUUUCCCAUUGGGAUAGAACCUGAGAGGUUUAUAAACACAAGUAAACUCUCUGAGGUUAUACAAUACAUGAAGAAGUUUAAAAACGAUUUUGGUGGCAGAAAGUUGAUAUUAGGUGUUGAUCGCCUCGAUAUGAUCAAAGGGAUUCCACAAAAGUAUCAGGCAUUUGAGAAAUUUCUAGGGGAAAAUGAAGAUUGGCGCGGUAAAGUCAUGUUACUUCAGAUUGCUGUGCCAACAAGGAAUGGUAUUGGUGAAUAUCAAAAGAUCAAAGACCAAUGUCAUGGACUUGUUGGACGAAUUAAUGGUCGUUUUGGUUCUAUCUCUUCUGUUCCAAUAAUUCACCUGGAUUGUUCUAUUGACUUUAAUCAACUAUGCGCACUUUACGCCAUCACAGAUGUAUUACUUGUAACAUCUUUGAGAGAUGGGAUGAACCUUGUGAGUUCCGAAUUCAUUGCUUGCCAAAGAGAGGAAAAAGGGGUUCUUAUUCUUAGCGAGUUUGCGGGUGCCGGACAAUCGCUUGGUGCUGGAGCUCUUCUCGUGAAUCCUUGGAACAUUAAAGAAGUUUCUAAUGCCAUUGGAGAAGCUCUACAUAUGUCACCUGAAGAAAAAGAGAGAAAACAUAAAAUCAAUUUUCAGUAUGUGAAAACUCAUUCUACACAACAGUGGGCAGAUGAUUUCAUGAAUAAACUUAAUGAGAUCAUAACUAACGCGGAUCUAGGAAUUAGCAAAGUCCCACAUGAACUUCCAGAGCAUGAUGUGAUUCAACAAUAUAUGAAGUCUAACAGUCGACUUGUAAUCCUUGGUUUCUACGGCACACUCACUCACCCGUAUAAAAAUCAAGAGAGAAGAGACGAACGAAUGAGUCUUGAAUUGCACCCACAACUUGAAGGAAGACUAAAAGCAUUAUGCAGUGAUCCAAAAACAACAGUAGUUGUUCUGAGUAGAAGUGAAAAAAGCAUAUUGGAUAAAAACUUUGGAGAAUACAAUAUGUGGUUGGCCGCGGAAAAUGGAAUGUUUCUAAGGCAUACAAGUGAAGAGUGGGUUAAAAAAAUACCAGAACACAUGAAUCUUGAAUGGAUUGAUGGUGUCAAGAAUGUCUUUAAGUACUUCACUGAAAGAACUCCAGGAUCAUACUUCGAAAUAAGCGAGACUUCGGUUGUAUGGAAUUACGAAUAUGCAGAUGUUGAAUUCGGGAGAAUUCAAGCAAGAGACAUGUUACAACACUUGUGGGCGGGACCAAUUUCUAAUGCAUCAGUGGAUGUUGUUCGAGGAGACCGUUCUGUUGAAGUCCAUGCAGUUGGUGUGACAAAGGGAAUUGCAAUGGACCGUAUACUUGGAGAAAUAGUGAACAAUAAUUCGAUGACAACACCAAUUGAUUAUGUCUUGUGCAUUGGCAGUUUCUUGGUGAAAGACGAAGACGUUUACACAUUUUUCGAGCCCGGGGUAACCAAAAAAACUAAGCCGUCUCCUGCUUCGGAUAGUGACUCACCUAAGAAAGUCUCAUCGACCACUGUUGACCUCAAGGAUGAGAGUUACUUCUCUGUAGCGAUUGGACGAACGCACACAAAGGCUCGCUAUUUCCUUGACUCAUCCGAUGACGUUGUGCAAUUGAUCCACAAGCUUUGCUUAUACAACAAUGUUUAA